CUCUAGGAUCAACACAAAUGCCGACCGACUCAGACCAGCGAAGGACUCAUAGCCGGAGAACCAGCCGCAGCCAGUUCAUAUCAUAAUAAGAUUUAGACAUUUAACACUGUGAUCAUGUCGCUGUAGUUUCCGCGUUGCUCGAUGUCGACGGAGCCGAUUUGAUUUAAUAAAUAGUGAUACAAGACCCCCGGAGAGCCCCGAAACUCGGGGUUGAACCCAUCACCCCCUUUCCCUGCCAGACCCACUUGGGCGAGGAUCAACACACUAAAAAUGGAGACCCUCCACUCCCACUGCCUUAAAUGCAUCAACAGAAGAUGCAUGGUUAGACCAGAGACGGGUGUUUCCUGCGACCUCAUCGGCUGCCCUCUUGUAUGUGGGGCAGUUUUUCACUUGUGCAAACUAGACGAACACCGUCUGCUGUGUCCAUAUGAACGGUUACCAUGCCUUAACAGCGGAUUUGGCUGCCCGUUCACUAUUCCAAGAAUCAAGAUGGCGCAGCACCUUGAGACGUGCCCGGCAAGUAUAGUAUGUUGUACCAUGGAAUGGAAUCGCUGGCCUGUGAGCUACUCUGAUCGCAAGUCCUAUGAAAACUUGAGCAAAGACUUUGAUGAGGUGGAGCAGCUAGACAUGGCCUUGGCCCUGCAGGAUCAGAGGAUGUUGUUGGAGUCGCUGAAGGUGACGACCACUGUGUCAAAGAAUGGAGACAAGGGGCUUGAUGAAAGUGACAAAAUGGCCACAGCAUCAAGUCUUCCAGAGACAGUGUUAGGCAAUGGGACAAUGGAAAUGGAAGAUGAGCCCUACAAUGAGUUGUAUAGAGCCUCGGUGGAGACGAGCAGAAGUUUAGCAGUGGCCUUGGACAUCCUCUCUAAUUCCAAGGAUAUUGGUGCAAUUGUUGGUAAUUUAAAUGGGGAAAAGGCUGACAAGAAUGGAGCCCUCCACAAUGGAGAAAAUGGUGAUAGUCAUAAUGUUUAUGUCGCUGAUGGCGGAAAGAAUGUAGAUAUGCAAGGCAGUGAUUCUGAUUCAGAAUGUGAGCUUGGAGCAGUAGGUGGAGUGGAUUGUGCAGUGGGGACAGAUGGAGAAGAAGACGGUAUUGGCUGGGUAGAAGAAAAUGAUUUUGUAGAGUUGUUUUUUGAGGAGAAAGAAGAUGUUAUCGAGGAGCCAAUAAAUGAUUCCAACCCAGUGUGGCCAGAGAUGCCUCAGGAUUACAUGCCUGUUAUAGCACUGGAACGUCCUGUGCCUCAACAAGCACAACUUUCACCUCCAAUGCCAUUCCUGCUGUCUGAUCACAUGAGAAAUAACUUCUUACAACACUUACCUACUGAACUCAGGUAUAGGUGUUUGGAGCGUAAACUACAGAAUGUAGAAGUGCUCAGAGGAAUAAGUAUGUUUACAUUUAAUGGGCGUCGAGCUCUGCUGUCAGACCCCUACUUAUUUCGAGCAAAGAUGGAGGACAAGGCAGUAGACACGUCUGACCUGGAAGUAACGGACGACCCCAUGGGCCUCCAUGGCAUCGAUCUCAUCACUGCAGCUUUGCUCUUUUGCCUGGGCGACUCUCCGGGAGGCAGAGGGAUCUCAGACAGUCGGUUUGUUGAUGGCUACCACAUUGACUUUGGUACUCAGACUUUCUCCUUCCCCUCAGCCAUUCUUGCAACCAACACCAUGGUUGGAGAUAUCGCUUCAGCCUCAGCCUGCGAUCAUGCCAGCCCACAGCUCUCCAAUCCAAGCCCCUUCCACACACUCCGGCUGGACCUGGUGCUCGAAUGUGUAGCCAGAUACCAAACAAAGCAGCGCUCCAUGUUCACAUUCGUGUGUGGGCAGCUGUUUCGGCGGGACGAGUUCUCGUCUCAUUUUAAAAACGUUCACGGGGAUAUUCAUGCCGGACUCAAUGGCUGGAUGGAGCAGCGCUGCCCCUUGGCCUACUACGGCUGCACCUACUCCCAAAGACGAUUCUGCCCGUCUGUGCAGGGCUUCAGAAUCAUCCACGACAGGCACCUGGGCUCAUUUGGAGUCCAGCCUGGUUUGCCCUUAAGAACUGGCGACAACCUUCACAGAAAGCCCCGCUGCUUUGGUUCUCAGUACGAUCUGUUUAGCAGUCUUCCAUUCGAGGUGUUGCAACAUGUAGCAAGCUUCUUGGACAGCUUUAGCUUGUGCCAACUGUCCAGAGUGUCCCGCUCAAUGAGGGACGUGUGUGCCAGCCUGCUGCAGAUGCGUGGCAUGGUCGUCUUGCUGUGGGAGAAGAAACCACGUGUUGAUGGCACUCCUUCGUGGCAGAUCACCGACAAGGUGUGGAGAUUCAGCACAGCUUUCGGUACAGUGAACGAGUGGAAGUUUGCCAACAUCGCCAGCAUGGCCGACCACCUCAAGAAGUGCAAGUUCAAUACGAUCACUCGUCGGGAAGAGGCGAUCCCUCUGCCAUGCAUGUGUUUCACCAGAGAGCUCACUAAAGAGGGAAGGUGUUUACGUUCAGUUCUCAAACCAGUAGCAUAAGUGUUUUUUUUUUCAAAGAUGAAAUCAUCUUUUGGACAUUUCUGAGACCAUUAGAACUCAAAUACUCAUGUAUUUUCCUCCAGUGUUUACAGACACGAGUCUCUUCCAGCCUCAAAAUGAUAGAAAACUUCUGAACGUUCUUUGCUUCGCAGCGGGAAAGAAAUCCUCACCCAUCAGUAAAACACAGCCGAUUUAUUAUUGAGUGGAGAAUGGCGUGCUCUGUAGCCUUGUAUCUUCCCCUCUGACGGAUUUAUUAAUACCAGUGUACUGAAGCUUUUCCCUCAUCUACUCUGACGUUGUGUAAAUAAUCAGAUGUUUUGAUGUAGAUUUUUUUUUUUAUUUUUAUAUCAAAUGUCAGUACUGUGCUACAUUGGAGGUAAGAGUAGAGCCUUAACUUCUGAAACUUGAUUUUCUAGUCAUAAGGUUGUUCUAAACAGAUUGUUCAGUGAGAUUUCUCUGCUGCUCCUGGCUGGAACAGCGGACUGGUAUCGUGCACGGUUGUGUUUCUCCUGAUACUUAGAGUGACCACCACUUAGAGCUCAUAGAUUUCAAGGCUUUAAUUCUGCGUGUUAAGGUCCUGUCCACACGUACACAGGUAUCUGUUUAAACAUAGCCUUUUCUAUGUGUUUUGGCCUUUUGUACACUCCUUCCGGGAUGAAGAUGUAUAGAAACUCGAGGCAGAAGCAGAUAUGUUUGGAAACGAUGACACAGACGGACACUUUUUCUUCCUAAUUGGGUGUUGGUUGUGUGUAGCAUCAUUGGCAGGUGUGAAAUCGUAGUAUGUGUUAUGAUAUUGUGGAGUGUUUGAGUUUGUACAUUGGAAGGAAUGGAUGUUAUGGGCCCAGUGUCUAUAUUUAAAAAGAGAAGAAACACUAAAAUACAUUCAAGGAAGAGAGGGACAAAAAUAGCUGCUGACAGUGUCUUUUAUUGUUUCAUUGCCCCGGGAUAAAGGGAUAGACGGUAUUUUUAUCUUUUUUACAACAAAGUCGACAUGUAGCCUCGUUCAGAUCCCUGAAGCAUGUCAGCAGAAGUGGCAUUCUUCUCAGAAAACAAAGCAUUCGUGUCUGUAUGUAAAUACACUGUGAGUGUGCCUCUAAAUCAGGCAAAGUAACCUGUAGUAACCCUCGCCAAAAAUCACCUCCAGUACCACAAAGGCUAGAAUGGGGAUAGACAAUCCGCUUCCUGUUGUACGUGAAUGGACAGACGAUGCCUAAACACUCGUCUGGACAGAGGUUGUUUUUGCUUAAAGACCCGUUUCUAACAAUACCAGUGUACGUGCAGACUGGGCCUAAGACUGACCAAACAUCUGUGGUAGCUGUGCACAAUGUUUGCCAUCUUACAGGAUGGUCAUACUGAAUUCACUGUGGGUGUUUUUGUUCACCAGCACAAGAAGUUUCACCAUCAUCAUCAUCAUCUGUGGUGUUUUUAAAUGACAGCGUGUUUUGUGGUUUGGCAGGUUAUAUGCGUAACAAAAGGUGGUCCAUCCUCUUCUCUUAACCUCACCUCAGACUAAUGGGCUGGCGCGUUAGUCAGGUGGGAGAUGAAAAACACUACUCACAUUUUUAGCUGUGGUUGACUUGUGGUUUGACUGUUCUACCAGCUAUUUUUACAGGUAACCAGCAAUUGUUUCUGGGCUGUUUUUAUAUAUAAUAAAAAACAAACAAACAUGUAGCAAUUAAAACUAUGAAUGUACUCAGUUAAUAUUAGACUCCACCAGUGAGCAGAAGAGUCAGCGCCAGACCUCAUGUGACCCUGCAGGUCAGGUGUUAAGAAAUACAGAGGACACAUGCUUCCCUCCAAUAACGAGCAUCACUAAUUAUGUUCAUAGUCAUUAUUUAUCACGGUUGCGUGUCCACUGUGUUCAAAUGAUGUUGGCGCCUCAGGGUUGUUGCAUGAAGAUUUGUUGAUUGCGCGUAGACGACAGAAUAGCAGAUAACGGUGCGACGACUCGUCAGCUGCCUGAUUACUGUGGCUGACUGGCGUAUCACUCAGUAUUAUAACAUAACAGUGUGUGUUGCAGUGCUGGACUAAUGAGAUGUUUUAAAGUUUAUCGCCUGUCAGGGUCGUGUUUAACUGAAAAUUGAUGUUUUUAAUGGACUGAUCAGACCGUUUUAAUUUGGAUUAAGGGGUCUAACAACACAGGAACAGAGUUUUUUUGUAUCCCUUUUGAGAAAAAGGCUUCUGAUUUUUUUAUGACGUGUAAAGGAAAUGGGUUGAAAAUGUUGCAGAAAAGUACAAAAUGGGUAUUCCUUUGAGAAAAGUGUGAUUUUGUUGGUUUUUUUUAUAUUUAAGUUUGAUGUAAAGCCCCAGUGAUUUCAGGACUAAGCUGUCUUUUUAAUCUAAUAAGUCACAAUUUGUUUGGUUUAUUUCAUUUUUUUUUGUACUGGUACUUUUAUUUGGAAAGAAGAAGAAUCUGCCUCUAAUGUCUAGAUUUGUAUUUGAAUUGAUUUGCACAUGAAGGCAUGUACUGUAAAGUUGUAAUCAUUAUAAGGGAGGGAUCAUCUUUGCUUUUGUAGCUGGAAUUUUUUCCUCCCUCAUGUUUUGCAUGUGAGUUUGAUGUAUUUGGAAAAAAAAACCAAAAAAAAAAUGUCAGUCUGGUUCCAAACUCAUGUACUCGGUUUAUCUCUCAGGCACGGAGCAUUUUCAUAUCAACUGUUACAAUUAUUUUUUACUCUGAUCACAUGCUGUCAUUCUUCAGGUUUAAAGGAUGACCUGAGCAUUAAAUCAGUCUUCAUAUAAAAGUGAGACAUUUUAUUUUCUGCACACCUUUUUUUUUUUUUUUAGCAAUGUGGUCUUUGCAGGCACCUGGUGUGUGUGAACACUUUGAUCAGCAUUUUAAGUUUUUUGUUUUCACUCCUGCUGAAGUGUAUUUUUCACCACAAUAUGCCAGCUUCAUUUGUUUGACUUUUGAAGCAUUUUAAUAAAAGAGGCUCAGUUUUUAAAUGUGAA